AUGCCUAUUGAUCCAAUACUUCAAGCUCAAUUUGAACGAAAUCUUGCGUGGAAGCGCGCAUGGCCACGUUGCUUACUCGGAUUUAUCUCGAGUACAGAAACGGUCAUUGCAGUGGCUAUUUUGCUGACUGAAGCUGGCAAUGUUUUAGUUGACUUUUGGCAUACAAAUCUUUUUGGCGGUGUUUGGACAUCUUUUGUACUUUUUAUUAAUAUAAUUUUAAUUUAUUCUACAGCAUGUUGUGUAACAACUAUUGGCGCAUCAACAUGUGCAUUUAUGUGGAAUUUAUUAACGCUACUUACUUUAGCUGCUUUAAUAGCAUUGGAUAUUAUAUUUAUUAUGAAUCCAACUACAUGUUGGUUAACACCAACAUGUUCAGAACAGCCACAGGUUUUAUCAUUAAAUUAUUUAAUACAAAUGAUUCCAAUAUUUCGAAGCUAUACACCUUAUGAUUCAAAAAAGCUUCUUCUUGAAAUUCAACUUGGAUGUGCUGGUGUAGCGUGCACAAUAUCAUUUACUUAUAUUAUUACUUAUAUUGUGUGUAAGAUUAGAGUAAACAAAUGCGCUGUCUAUGGUUAUCCAGCUCCUGCACAACCUCAGCAACCUCAAAUUCAUCAUGAAUAUCCUGCUGUUGAAGUACAGAAGAUGCCAUGGGUGAAUCAAAUACCCAAUGCGCCAUAUGCACCAUAUUGA